GAUACCAAGCCUCUCGUUCUGCAGAUUUGCAGCGGUUUGCGCGAUUUUUGUUGAAAAAGAAGAUCCAACUCGAUAAAGUGCUUUCGAUCGCGUGCGAGGCUAGAGACGAUCACGAUACUCAGAGCAGCCUGACAUCAGUGGUAUACUUUGGACAUGCCUGUAGCUCCUUUAUUAGAGUUUUAUAUUAGAACAUUUCGUAAGAAGGAUGUUGGAUUGGAUGGAUUGCAUGGCAUUGCAUGCAUUGCAUGAGCCGAGGGGGUCAGAGUGCGACCUUCUUAAGGGAGCGACACGGGAACGAAGACUCAGGGCGCGGCAUAGGAGUACUUGGCUCCGUUGUAGGAGUACUUGGAUAGUGCUGGCACGUACUAGCUAUUGUAAGUAGCUCGACUGGGCUAGCUUGCCUGUGAUCUCGACCGUCUUGCUCACUGUUCCCUGGCGCACACAGGCCACGGCGUUUGCGCUGCUCCUUGCUUGUUUCUGGGGCGAGGUCACAGUGGGGCCGUGUUUGUGUUCGUGUAUCGUAAAGCAAUUCUGCGGCGGGGCAGCCCGUUACUGCGGCGGUAGUAUGGCGCCCGAAGGGCGCCGCGAAAAAUAAAUUGUUUUUUGGGUCGUCCAUCCAUGCAAUGCAUGCCAUCCAUGCCAUGCAAUCCAGAAGUUCGGAAAUUGCCUUAUAUUCUAUUAUAUAUAGCGAGGAUGAUGAUGUUGAAGUUGAAGUUGAUGAGUACUUACUAUCUAAAUACUGCCAUUUGAAAAUACAAUAUGAAUUCAAAAAAUUCAGUUGUCUCUUGCAACCCUCGUAAAAACAACUCAGGUUGUGCCAGUCAAUUUCGAGGAAAUAUUCCUUCAACGAAGAGGGGACGCGAG